GGCAACUAAGUCAGCCACCUCGGUAGCUUACAAGCCAACAAUAAACCGACGCAUUGAAACUCCUUUGAUAAUUUGUAUAUUAAUCUGUGUUUUUAACACAAUUUAAACGUAAUAUGCUUGUUAAAUGUACUACAUUGUUAAGAUUGAUACUGAGCUGAGACUAGGCUAGUCACUAAUGCUAGCUAGCUAACAUCCCUGACCAUGAGCUUGCUAAACUACUCCCCCUCUGCUAAAGAAGCGGAGGUCUGCUGGACGGAGAAAGAAGCUCUGGGGCUGAACAUUAUCGUGGAAGAAGAGGAGGAUGUUACAGUGAAAGGAGAGAAAGACGAUUUCAGUAUUAAAAAGGAGGAUGUUACAGUGAAAGAAGAGAAAGAACCGUGUGGAAUGAAAGAGGAAGAGGGAAUAGAGUAUGUAACAGUGGAAGAGGAGGAGGUAGAAGCUUUCAGAAUUAAAGAGGAAGUUACAGUGAAGGAAGAGAAAGAAGAUUUCAGUAUUAAAAAUGAGGAUGUUACAGUGGGAGAAGAGAAAGACCCGUUUGGAGUGGAGGAGGGGGUAGAGGCUGUCACAGUGGAAGAGGAGGAUGUUACAGUGGGAGAAGAGAAAGACCCGUUUGGAGUGGAGGAGGGGGUAGAGGCUGUCACAGUGGAAGAGGAGAAUAUCAUAUUGAAAGAGGAGGAGGCUGUUACAGUGGGAGAAGAGAAAGACCCGUUUGGAGUGGAGGAGGGGGUAGAGGCUGUCACAGUGGAAGAGGAGGACAUCAUAUUGAAAGAGGAGGACAUCAUAUUGAAAGAGGAGGAGGCUGUUACAGUGGGAGAAGAGAAAGAACCGUCUGGAGUGGAAGAGGAGGCUCCCUCAAUAAAAAAGGAGGACAUUUCGGGAGUGGAAGAAAUUGGGGAGGAGACUGAAGACCUGAUUAACACCAGAGAGAGACCAGACUCUCCAUCUGACAAGAGUCCUUCAGGGGAACCAGACCCAGGGAAGAGGCCUUCAGGGGAACCAGACCCAGGGAGGAGACCUUCAGGAGAAACAGACUUAGGCAAGAUUCCUUCAGGGGAACCAGACCUAGAGACUGCCAAACCAGUAGGACGACACUGCUGCUCCCACUGUGGAAGGAGAUUUACCAAGUUACCCAACCUAAAAGAGCACGAGAGGACACACACAGGAGAAAAGCCUUUCCAAUGUUCCCAGUGUGGAAAGAGUUUUAGCCGGUUAGACAGCCUGAAAAUGCAUGAAAGAAUUCACUCUGGAGAGAAGCCUUACCAAUGCUCCUAUUGUGUAAUGAGUUUUUCACGAUCACAGGCCCUCAAAAGGCAUGAGAGGACACACACAGGAGAAAAGCCUUUUCAAUGCUCCCAGUGUGGAAAUAGUUUUACCCUGUUGGCACACCUGAAAUCACAUGAGAGGACGCACACAGGAGAAAAACCUUUCCAAUGUUCCCAGUGUGGAAAGAGUUUUACCAGGUUAAGGACCCUAAUUAGGCACCAAGGAAUACACAAAGAAGGAAGGAAGACCUUCCAUUGCUCUCAGUGUGGAAAGAGUUUUACUGAGUUAUGGGGCGUGAAAAUACACGAGAGAAUUCACUCUACACACAGAGGAGAAAGGCCAUUCCAAUGCUCCCAAUGUGGAAAGCGUUUUACCCAGUUAGGGAACCUGAAUUUACAUAAGAUAAUUCACUCUGGAGAUAAGCCUUACCACUGCUCUCAGUGUGGAAAGAGCUUUAUUCGGUCAUGCCAUCUCAAAGAGCAUGAGAAAACACACACCAGGGAAAAGCACUUCCAAUGUUCCCAGUGUGGGAAGAGUUUUGCCCGGUUAUGGAACCUAAAAGAGCACGAGAGGAUACACACAGGAGAGAAGCCCUACCACUGCUCUCAUUGUGGCCAGACCUUUUCCCGAUUAAGGGAACUGAAAUCCCAUUACAUUUCACACACUCUUAUCCAGGGAGAAUAACAAUUGUUGAAUUCACCUUAAGGUAGCUAGGUGAGACAACCACAUAUCACAGGCAGAGUAAGUACGUUUUCCCUUCAUAAAGUAGUUCUCAGUGAAGUCAGUGCUAGUAGGAAAAGACAAGUUCAGGUCAGAUUUAUGGAAGAUACUCUUUGAAGAGUUAGGGUCAUCGUUAUUUUCAAGGUUCGUUGCACAUGAGAAGCUAUGUUUUGUCUCUUGUUUUUUUUUUACUGAGAAUGUGUUUUUGUUUAUGCCGAAUGAAAUCAUACAACAAAAUGGCGACUUUUGUUUUAAAAUGUUCUAAUGUGCAUUUUAUUUGAAUUAAUAACAAUUCUUGUAAUCUUGUAAUUCCAAGAUGGUGUAGCAGUGCAGACGUGGUUUGUCGUCCCCUCGUUUACUUUUGUAUUUUGUAUUUUUUGUAUAUUAUAUACAUUUAUUUUCAAUCUUUUUUUCCAUUUUUAAAUUAAAUAUACCUUCCGGUAACCCGCCUCACCCAAUGUCAUACGGAUCCGCUAUUUUUUAGACCUUAUAGCUAGAACCCCCAUCAGAAGCUAACCAGCGACUAGCUAUUUAGUCAUUGUCAGUCAUUGUUAGCGGCCUUUACCUUCUGCACAGACACCAACCGUUUUUUUUGCCUGGAUAAUACUUGCCAGCCUGCCAGUAUCGGACUGUUUCCUCCACUACAACACCGGAUUCCUGCCGUAAACCCUGGACCAUUACUCCUGAUCAUCACAGCUAACUAGCUGCCACCGAGUGGCCCAGCCCCAAAGCCCUGAGCCAGGCCCACCUCCCGGCCUACUCUGUGAUCACUCGGCUACUCAGCCGAUGACUCUACCCCAACACGGCUACAAUCCACUACUCCACCGGAUCCAUACCGUAAGUUCUGGUCCUUUGCAUCGGAUCAUCGCUGCUACCGAGUGGCUAUAGUGGCUAACGCCCCUACUCCGAAGCUAGCACCAGUUAGCCGCAAGCCAGGCGCAUCUCCCGACUAGCAAACGAAAUUACUACAAUACUUUUUUCGCCAUCUGGCCCGGACCCUUUGUUGACACGGCGCCCCGCCGUACCAUCCUUCGACUGGUCUGCCAAUGUAACUCCAUCCGCUGUGCCCUCAACCGGCUUUUGCCGGAUGUCGGAGGAAACGCUUCUACUUACCCCGGCCUGCUAACUUUAAACGCCAUGUCUCCCGCGUGCUAGCGUAGUAACGACUACCCCGCGGCUUCCCUGUUCCAACUAUUGCUGUUCACUGGACCCUAUGAUCACUUGGCUACAUAGCUGAUGCCUGCUGGACUGUUCAUUAAUCACGGUACUCCAUUUUGUUUGUUUUGUUUAUCUGUCGGCCCCAGCCUCAAACUCAGGCCCUGUGUGUAGUUAACCGACCCUCUCUGGCCAUUCAUCGCCAUUUUACCUGUUGUUGUCUUAGCUGAUUAGCUGUUGUUGUCUUACAUGCUGACCAGACCGGAUACGUUGAGUGCGCGAGCGUCGCAAAAUACAUUUAGAAAGAAAUCUUAUUCAGAAAUGUUAUUCAAUUAUUGCAGCCACACUGCUCGCACGCGCCAACGAGCGCCUGCAAUGCCAAGGGCUAAAAUAGAACUCCUUUCUAUUUCUGACGCAGAUCGCGCUGCAAGUCCUGCCUCUCCCAUCUCCUCAUUGGUUUAUAGAAGCAGGUACCCACGUUCCAUCUCCUCAUUGGUUAUACCCACGUGGGUGAUUGAAAGAUGAACUGUUUUGCCGGUCGUCGUGGUAAUAUGAAAGUGUAGCUGGAUCACCAUAUAAGUUCAAAGAUGAAAAAGCAUGGUAGGAGGAGAGGUGACUAGAAACGAUUCGGAUGGCCGUUUUCUGUGUGGAUUAAUUGUCGGAGUUGAUGACCUUGUGCAUUUCAGGUAAAAUAACAACUGUUUAUAUCCCAGGACAAAUUAGCUAGCAACAGCAAGCUAGCUAAAUAGGACAAAUUAGCUAGCAAGUGCAAACUUGUGUUCCCAAAUUAAUGUCAUUGGUUCAUAGUUUGUUUUGAUAUUUUAACCUGCGUGUCGUGAUCGCGUUUGGUGUAGGGGUACAAAAUGUAUGCACGAUGGCGCACGCGCGCAGCCGGUUUGGGUUCCGUGUUACCCGUUGUUGCCUUAGCUAGCUCUUCCAAUCAACACCUGUGAUUGCUUUAUGCCUCACUUUAUGUCUCUCUCAAAUUUCAAUAUGCCUUGUACUCUGUUGUUUAGGAUAGUUAUCAUUGUUUUAGUUUACUGCGGAGCCCCUAGUCCCACUCAACAUGCCUCAGAUACCUCCUUUGUCCCACCUCCCACACAUGCGGUGACCUCACCCAGCAUAACUAGUGCCCGUACAGUAAACUUGGUGCCUGGGUUUACCUCCACUGUACCCGCACCCCACCAUACCCCUGUCUGUACAUUAUGCCCUGAAUCUAAUCUACCAUGCCCAGAAAUCUGCUCCUUUUAUUCUCUGUCCCCAACGCACUAGACGGCCAGUUUGGAUAGCCUUUAGCCGUACCCUCAUCCUACUCUACUACUCUGUUCCUCGGGUGAUGUGGAGGCUAACCAAGGCCUUGCGUGUCCCCAGGCACUCUCAUUUGUUGACUUCUGUAACCGAAAAUGCCUUGGUUUCAUGAAUGUUAUCAGAAGCCUCCUCCCUAAGUUUGUUUUACUCACUGCUUUAGCACACUCCGCCAACCCUGAUGUCCUUGCCGUGUCUGAAUCCUGGCUUAGGAAGGCCACCAAAAAUUCGGAGAUUUCCAUACCCAGCUACAAUAUUUUCCGUCAAGAUCGAACUACCAAAGGGGAGGAGUUAGUCUGCAGAGUUCUGUCAUACUUUCCUGGUCUAUGCCCAAACAGUUUGAGCUUCUAAUUUUAAAAAUGCCUGUUAUAGACCCCCCUCAGCUCCCAGCUGUGCCCUGGACCCCAUAUGUGAAUUGAUUGCCCCCCAUCUAUCUUCAGAGUUUGUUCGAUCUGUUAGGUGACCUGAACUGGGAUGUGCUUAAUUAACACCCCGGCAGUCUUACAAUCUAAGCUAGAUGCCCUCAUUCUCACACAAAUUAUCAAGGAACCCACCAGGUACAACCCUUAAUCUGUAAACAUGGGCACCCUGAUAGAUAUUAUCCUGACCAACUUGCCCUCUAAAUACACCUCUGCUGUUUUCAAUCAGGAUCUCAGCGAUCACUGCCUCAUUGCCUGCAUCCUCUAUGGGUCCGCAGUCAAACGACCACCACUCAUCACUGUCAAACGCUCCCUAAAACAUUUCUGCAAGCAGGCCUUUCUAAUCGACCUGGCCCGGGUAUCCUGGAAGGAUAUUGACCAAAUCCCAUCAGUCGAGGAUGCCUGGUCGUUCUUUAAAAGUAAUUUCCUCAACAUCUUAAAUAAGCAUGCCCCUUUCAAUUAAAAAAAAACUAAGAACAGAUAUAGCCCUUGGUUCACUCCAGACCUGACUGCCCUCGACCAGCACAAAAACACCCUGUGGCAGACUGCACUAGCAUUGAAUAGUCCCAGCGAUAUGCAACUUUUCAGGGAAGUCAGGAACCAAUACACACAGUCAGUCAGGAAAACAAAAGCUAGCUUUUUCAUAAAUGAAAUUUGCAUCCUGCAGCUCUAACUCCAAAAAGUUUUGGGACACUGUAAAGUCCAUGGAGAAUAAGAGCACCUCCUCCCAGCUGCCCACUGCACUGAGGCUAGGAAACACUGUCACCACCGAUAAAUCCACAAUAAUCGAGAAUUUUAAGAAGCAUUUCUCUACGGCUGGUCAUGCUUUCCUCCUGGCUACCACAACACCGGCCAACAGCUCGGCACCCCCCGCAGCUACUUGCCUAAGCCUCCCCAGCUUCUCCUUCACCCAAAUCCUGAUAGCAGAUGUUAUGAAAGAGCUGCAAAACCUGGACCCGUACACAUCAGCUGGGCUAGACAAUCUGGACCCUCGCUUUCUAAAAUUAUCUGCCGAUCACUGACCAUUUCGAAUCCCACCGUACCUUCUCCACUGUGCAAUCCGGUUUCCAAGCUUGUCACGGGUUCACCUCAGCCACGCUCAAGGUAAUAAAAGAUACCAUAACCGCCAUCGAUAAAAGACAGUACUGUGCUGCCGUCUUCAUCGACCUGGCCAAGGCUUUCAACUCUGUCAAUCACCAUAUUCUUAUCGGCAGACUGUCAAUCACCGUAUUCCUAUCGGCAGACUCAACAGAAUUGGUUUCUCAAAUGACUGCCUCGCCUGGUUCACCAACUAGUUCUCAGACAGAGUUCAGUGUGUCAAAUCGGAGGGCCUGUUGUCCGGACCUCUGGCAGUCUCUAUGGGGGUACCACAGGGUUCAGUUCUCGGCCGACUCUUUUCUCUGUAUAUAUUAACGAUGUCGCUCUUGCUGCGGGUGAUUCCCUGAUUCACCUCUACGCAGACGAGUCCAUUCUGUAUAGAUCUGGCCCUUCUUUGGACACUGUGUUAACAAAUCUCCAAACGAGCUUCAAUGCCAUACAACACUCCUUCCGUGGCCUCCAACUGCUCUUAAAUGCUAGUAAAACCAAAUGCAUGCUCUUCAACCGUUUGCUACCCGCUCGCCCGACUAGCAUCACUACUCUGGACGGUUCUGACAUAGAAUAUGUGGACCACUACAACUACCUAGGUGUCUGGCUAGACUGUAAACUCUCCUUCCAGACUCAUAUUUAACAUCUCCAAUCCAAAACUAAAUCUAGAAUCAGCUUGGUAUUUCGCAACAAAGCCUCCUUCACUCAUGCCGCCAAACAUACCUUCAUAUAACUGACUAUCCUACCGAUCCUCAACUUUGGCGAUGUCAUUCACAAAAUAGCUUCCAAUACUCUACUCAGCAAACUGGAUGCAGUCUAUCACAGUGCCAACCGUUUUGUCACCAAUGACCCUUAUACCAAUCACCACUGCGACCUGUAUUGCCUCGUCCGCUGGCCCUCGCUACAUAUUCGUCGCCAGACCCACUGGCUCCAGGUCAUCUAUAGUCUAUGCUUACCUUCCAGUACUCUGCUGCCAAUGACUGGAACGAAUUGCAAUAAUCGCUGAAGCUGGAGACUUAUAUUUCCCUCAGUAACUUUAAACAUCUGCUAUCUGAGCAGCUAACUGAUUGCUGCAGCUGUACUACCUCAUCCCCAUAUUGUUUUUAUUUACUUUUCUGCUCUUUUGCAUACCAGUAUUUCUUCUUGCACAUCACCAUCUGCUCAUCUAUCACUCCAGUGUUAAUCUGCUAAAUUAUAAUUACUUCGCUACUAUGGCCUAUUUAUUGCCUUACCUCCUCACGCCAUUUGCACACACUGUGUAUAGACUUUGUUUUUUUUUCUUAUAUUGUGUUAUUGACUGUAUGCUUGUUUAUUCCAUGUGUAACUCUGUGUUGUUGUUUGUUGUGCACUGCUUUGCUUUAUCUUGGCCAGGUCGCAGUUGUAAAUGGCCUACCUGGUUAAAUAAACUGGCCAACCUGGUUAAAAAAAGGUGAAAUAAAAUAAAAAAUAUAUAAAAAAAA